AGGGCUAGGAAACCCCUCCCCAGCCCCUCUCCACUUGUGCGAUGCUGCGCCUGUGCCUGGCUUUGGCGGCCUCGGCCGCCGCGCUCGACCUUGACACCUUUUUCGCGGAGGAUGUGGCGCUGGACUUGCUGCAGGCCAGGCGAGGCCGGCUUAGCGCGCUCUUGGAGGACCCAGAGGAGACUCCCGCAGUCCCCUCUGAGACAGAGGCAAUGGACGUGCCAGAGACAAUGGCAACAGACAAUGCGACAGAGAAGUUGACUCAAAAUGCAACAGCGAAUGCCACAGCGAAUGUGACAGCAAAUGCGACAGAGACCAUCGUAGAUGUUGAUGAAGCGAAGAAGAAUGUCACCAUCGAGGUGUACCUAGAUGGCAAGCUUGUCCCAUCCUCCCAAUCUGGUCCCCUAGACGCACUCCUGAAAGGGAUACAGAUACUGAAGUCUAAUCCAACUGUCAAGCUGGAGAUCAAGGACCAGUUGGGCAACAUCAUCAGUGAAUCUGACAUGAAGAGUGGCGAGAAGUAUGAGGUGCAUAUUCUUCAGGAACCAGUCGAAAAUGAACCGGUGGCAGCUGCGGAGAAUAUGACGGAGCAAGUGAAAGAGAAGGCGGACAAUGCUACAGCGAAUGCGACAGAGGAGGUGGCGGACAAUGCGCCCCAGAAGAAUGCAACCGAGAAUGUGACAGCGCUAGUGAAUGCGACCGAGAAUGCGACCCCGAAUGCCAAGGCUAAUGCGACAGGGAAUGUGACACAGAAUGCAACAGAUAAUGGAACUGUGGCCACAAAUGUGACCAUUGAAGAUGUUGAUGAAGCGAAGAAUGUUACCAUCGAGGUGUACUUAGACGGCAAAUUUGUCCCAUCCUCGUCCCAAUCUGGUCCCCUAGACGCGCUCCUGAAGGGGAUAGAUGCACUGAAGGCUGUAAGUCCGACUGCCAAGCUGGAGAUCAAGGACCAGCUGGACAACAUCAUCAGUGAAUCUGACAUGAAGGCUGGCGAGAAGUAUGAGGUCUAUGUCACCCUUUCGCCACUUCAGGAACCCGUCGAAAAUCCAACAGUGCCAACUGCGGAGAAUACCUCGGAGCAAGUGAACGCGAAGGCGGACAAUGCGACAGCGAAUGACACAGCGAAUGCCACAGCGAAUGCGACAGCAAAUGCGACAGAGACCAUCGUAGAUGUUGAUGAAGCGAAGAAGAAUGUCACCAUCGAGGUGUACCUAGAUGGCAAGCUUGUCCCAUCAUCUCAAUCUGGUCCCCUAGACGCACUCCUGAAAGGGAUACAGAUACUGAAGUCUAAUCCAACUGUCAAGCUGGAGAUCAAGGACCAGUUGGGCAACAUCAUCAGUGAAUCUGACAUGAAGAGUGGCGAGAAGUAUGAGGAACCAGUCGAAAAUGAACCGGUGGCAGCUGCGGAGAAUAUGACGGAGCAAGUGAAAGAGAAGGCGGACAAUGCUACAGCGAAUGCGACAGAGGAGGUGGCGGACAAUGCGCCCCAGAAGAAUGCAACCGAGAAUGUGACAGCGCUAGUGAAUGCGACCGAGAAUGCGACCCCGAAUGCCAAGGCUAAUGCGACAGGGAAUGUGACACAGAAUGCAACAGAUAAUGCAACUGUGGCCACAAAUGUGACCAUUGACGAUGUUGAUGAAGCGAAGAAUGUUACCAUCGAGGUGUACUUAGACGGCAAGUUUGUCCCAUCCUCCUCCCAAUCUGGUCCCCUAGACGCGCUCCUGAAAGGGAUAGAUGCACUGAAGGCUGUAAGUCCGACUGCCAAGCUGGAGAUCAAGGACCAGCUGGGCAACAUACUCAGUGAAUCUGACAUGAAGAGUGGCGAGAAGUAUGAGGUCUAUGUCAUCCUUAAAUGA